AUGGUUGGCAUUACUGCUGUAGCUAUCAAAUAUUUCAGACACUACAAAAUGUACCAGUACGCAUUCAUGCCUACAUUUAUACUGAACAUUGAGACACUGGAGACUAGCAAUUUUGUGGAAGUAGCGCCACUUGUAAGAGCACUUAAGGGUGCAUUGACGCAAGACGAAAAAGAUGUAGAAGAUGAACAAGUGAAGAAACGAGACGAGGAGGAAAUGGCUCGAAUUGCAGAAGAAGAAAGGAUUACUAUGGAGGAAGAGCGUCAACGUGAGAUAAAUGCGGCUUACUUAGCCGCGAUACCGGCUGACAUUACGCAAAAAGUUAAUGACGCACUAACAAAACGUCUGGAGAUAUUGAAGAAAGAUCUUGACGAGCAAAUACAUGCUAUCGAGGACAAGGUCAUUCAGAAGAUGACAACCACAAACGCGGGGCGCCCAAGUCAGAUCAGUCAGCCGCCACCAGGAUCACAACCCCAGCAUAAAGCCAAAGCAUCCAAGGGACUGUCCACAAAGAAGCCAUAA